GUCACGUCAGCAUAUGUGGCAUCAUCGCAGCAACAUGGCGGACGUUAGUGAAGAGGCCGCGGACGGAAUCCGUGAAACCGAUUUGAACGAAGAUAUCAUUUCUGGUGCUAUUGGUACCAGUGCAACCACACGAAUUGAUUUUGUAGAGAAUGAUCCACAAAAUUUUCCAGGCAUGGACGAAAUGUUAAAAGUAGCUACAGAUUUACAAGAUACAUCUGGACGUACGAUUCAAUUGACGGUCGACGAUUCCAAUGAGUCACCCAGAUUAGAAUUGGAAAGUUCCGGGCCUUCCUCAUCACCCCCAUGGCAGGCACCUGCAGGAGCUUAUCAAAAUGGUCAUCCUUCACCUCAAGCUGUCAUCCGACCAGGCACUGCUCAGAAAAUAGAUCACUUGAAGAAAUGGAGUAUUUCAACAUACAAGUAUACUAGGCAGUAUCUUUCUGAGAGAUUUGGUAAAGGUACAAGGACUGUAGAUACUGAACUUGAAGGACAAAUUCUUUUGUUAAAGGAAACCCAAGUUAAGUAUGUUAAUGUAUUAAAACUAGCAAAACAGAUGACAAACCAUUUCCAAAACAUGGUGCAAAGUCAGAGAAGUCUUGCUGAUGCCUUUGCAGAUUUAGGGAUGAAGUCACCUGAGCUCCAGGAUGAAUUCAACUAUAAUGCUGAAUCUCAGAGAUCACUGGUCAAGAAUGGGGAAGUUCUACUUGGAGCACUCAAUUUUUUUACAUCAAAUUUGACAACUCUGGUGCACAAAACUAUGGAAGACUCCAUCAUGACCGUGAAAGCAUAUGAAUCUGCCAGAAUAGAAUAUGAUGCUUACAGAACAGACCUAGAAUCCACCCAAGUUGGACCAAGAACAGCAGGGACAACUGUGAAAGCUGAGGAGGCAAAGCAACAAUUUGAUGUUCAAAAGGAGAAAUUUGACAGACUCCGUGGUGAUUUAGCAAUCAAACUAAGAUUUUUAGAAGAAAACAAGGUGAAAGUGAUGCACAAGCAGUUGUUGCUCUUUCAAAAUGCAAUUAGUGCUUAUUUUGCUGGAAACAAACAAGCCUUGGAUAGCUGUAUAAAGGAAUUCCACAUUAAAAUCAAGAACAAUGAAGGCAAACAGCCAUCUUUCCUGGAGCACUGAUGUCGUUGAAAAGUUUGUUAUCUGGGGCUGCUAGUCGAAGACUCAGUAAGCUACAUGUAUACAUAAAGAGAUGUUUGGAAUUUUUGUCUGGUUAAAUUUGACUGUGUUGAUGAAGAAAGCAAAAACACUACAAAGUGAAAUGGGAAUAGGAAUUAUGAUUACUAUGUAGUAUGAAAAUUUUGUGAGUAAAAGUUUUCAAGACUUUCAUGGAUUGUCCUCAGUGCACAAAAAUGCAUUAAGUUCCAGCAGAAAAAAACCGCAUUAAUUUGCUCUUGUCAGUUUGGUAAUGAAGUUGUCAAUUUAAGUUUAUAAUAUUAAGGGUCAGCUGGACUCAAAAUAUCAAUGAAUGAAUUAUCCACUGUGUAAUUUUCAUCUGUAUGAGUCAGCAAGUAAUAUAAUUUGAGAAUGUUUCAUUUCAUUUCAUGCUAGAGUUUGCAAAGUCCUGCUUGUCAAACAGGAAGCUGUAGAAUUAGUUCCCAGAGGACAAUCCAGUCCUCUGGAAUGCCAAUGUUUGCAAGACAAAGACAACAAAUUGCAGAUCCUUAAAGGAAUGACUCUGGUAAAUUUCAUGCUAUUUGGUAGAUAUUGGUUUAUCCUUUCUUCAUGACAGUAAAACAUGACCAGUCAAGCUAAUUAAGAUUGAAAUUCCAAAGAGAAACCAUUGUAACUGUUAGCUAGAAUAAAAUGUAACUUUUGGUAUUGUUUUAGAUGGAACCAGCCAUUUAAAACUGGUGUGACCAGAGUAUCACUUGAACAAAUUACAGGUACUUAGGCCGCAAUUGUUUCUUUAGCCCCAACAGGAGAUGCUUAAAAAGCAAAUUGACUUUCAGGCCGACCAACAGUAAAUAUAGAAAAAAAACUGACUCUCACCAAGAUUUCUUAUGGAGUAGUUGGUAUGAAGAAACAGGAAAAUCUAUGAGGAGAGCACUUAAACUUAGUCGUGAGUGACUAACAACAGUUGUGACAAUCAUUUUCAAAGGUGAAACUUAAUCACACUGUACUAUAAGUAGCGACAGUAAUGACAGCAAGUCUCCUGGAAAUGGCAAUUACCACUCUUCGUACACAAUGUUACUACUUUAAUAACUGAUAUUCUUUUAUUUAGAGAUAAUAAUGGUGUAUUUAGCACUA